AUGGGUGCCAACUUGACCCUGUGCUGCUGCCACUACUAUCUCAAGUACAACAUUGAUGAGAAAAAUGCAUUUUUGCGGUAAACUCCAUUGCAGCUGUCCAGCGAGUCCAGUGAUGGUGACACGGAGGAGGAGCAGCAGCUCGCAACGAGGCCUCCGUGGCUCACGCAGCAAAGCCCGAGGACAAAUAAAUGCGGCGCCUCAUACAGCAGAAGGGAAUCGGACCGAGACCUGCAGACUUUUAUCAGCUUGAGAAAUCAGGUUGACCAGGCUACAGAGGAAUGGGAACAGCUGAAUUAUGACAUCCACACACUCCGCUAUGCCAAACGAGAAGUGAGAGCACGAUGGAAGAAAAUCCUGCUGCAAUUAGGAUAUCAAUCUGAGGUGGACUCCUUGCUAUACGUCAACAAGCAAAGUUACUUAAAUCGGGACCAGGAGAGUCUCACCAGAGCUACUGAACUCUUGACCCAGUUGUUGGAACACACUUCCCUGUUUCCUGCAGGAACAGGACAUCGGACCAGAUACCUCUUUGUUAUGGACCGCUUGGUGUCUCUGGACAGCGCCGAAGACUUUGUCAGACUGGCUGUGGAAAAAUAUCCAAAAGCUUAG